AUGGUAACCACAAGGAGUCAACAGGAGAACGCAACCGAUUACCCUUUCGGGAUGCCCCGAGACACCACCAGGCGACAAACUAAUCAGAAUGAGGAUGGAAUGGAAGAAUCGUAUGUGGACCGGUCUCAACAACUUAACCCGUCGUCGGCCAUCGAGCAACUAAAGGCCGAAAUGAUGGAACUCAAAAGGCUCCAAGAAAAGGAUGCCCACGAGUUGUCGGUCUUGAGAAAGGAAACUGCCGAGCUCAGAAGAUGGUACAAAGAAACGAGGGAUCCUAAGCCCCCAACAGGAGUGACAACUACUACUCUCGAUCAGCAACGCCGACAAGGGAGGACUCCAUUCACCCCGGACAUUGCCGGAGCCCGUUUACCCGACAAUUGGAAAAACUUGGCCCUGGAGAAGUAUGGCGGUACUGCCGAUCCAGAGGAACACCUUGACGCGUUCGUCACCCAGGUCAGUCUGUACACCGAUGACGAUGCAAUCAUGUGUAAAGUCUUCCCUACUUCGUUGAAAGGAUCAGCACUCAAUUGGUUCACGAGGCUCCCUCCCGGAUCGGUUGAUUCAUUCACAACCUUGUCAUCCCGUUUCGUGAUACAAUUCGCCACGAGCCGCCCUCAACAACUCACCUCAAUCGCGUUAGUCAACAUCCGUCAAGAAAAGAAGGAACCCCUCAGAACAUUCAUGGAAAGGUUCGGGAAAAUGACCUUGUCCAUCCGAGAUCUGGACCCCGCGGUAGCCAUGCACCACCUCACCACGGCACUGAGGCUGGGUCCUUUUGUAAAUAGCUUAUGCAAAAAGCCACCCAGAGACUUGGAUAAUCUUAGACAAAGAGCCACAAAGUACAUGCAGAUGGAAGAAUUGGCCGAGUUCUGA